AUGUUACCGCACCUAGACGCCUGCAAUCAGAGGAAGUGUGAGAAGUUGGUCCUCUCUCUGUAUUGUAACAGUCUGAGUGUCCCCUUCCAGGAGCCGGUCAGCCCUCUGAUUAUCAAGAGGCCGAUGGACCUGUCAAUCAUCCGGAAGAAGCUGCAGAAGAGGAACAUCCCCCAUUACUCCGCCCCCGAGGAGCUGGUGUCCGACAUACGGCUCAUGUUCUGGAACUGCGCUAAAUUCAACUACGAAGACUCAGAGGUGGCCGAAGCCGGCAGGAACCUGGAAGUGAUCUUCGAGGACUUGCUGAAGGAAGCGUAUCCCGGCCGCCUCUUCCCCUUCCCCCAGGAAGACGACUCAGAAUCCGAGGAGAUCGGGGCUGAGAACUGUCACAUGAAGGGCUUCCACUGGCCGUCCUACGGAGCGGAGUGCCCCCAGCCCAAACGACGGCGGCGGCACACCAUCAGCCAGAAAGCCAAAGACUUCAGCCUGUGUUAG